AGUACAUGUGCUAAAUUUCAAGUUAGAAUCAUAGUGUAUAACAAACUCUUUUAAAAAUUAAAAUCUUGAAAUAUGAAUGAUCUCCACUUUUCAAGCAUAUAUUAUAACAGAAUUUCUUUACUCCCAAGAGUCCAAAACCUCACCAAACACAAGAGUACAUAAUAAAGACUCAAAACGUUUCAGAAUCUGAGAAAAUUUGGUGGGUUUGAUCCGAUGGAGCAUAAAGAUGGUUCGGUUGAAGAAACACAUUUUGGAAUAGAGAUGCAGCAGGGGAAUGGGGGGGCGGUGAAGAAAAGAGAGAAGGUGGUGAAGAAAAGCUGGGAUGAAUCUAAAAAGAUGUGGGAAAUUGCAGCUCCUGCUAUGUUAACUGCAGUGACUCAGUUUUCCAUUGGAUUUGUGACUUCUGCAUUUGUUGGACAUUUAGGAGAGGUUGAGCUUGCUGCUGUUUCUAUUGUUCAGAAUGUUAUUGAAGGCUUUGUCUAUGGGGUUAUGCUAGGAAUGGGAAGUGCCCUGGAGACAUUAUGUGGCCAAGCUGUUGGUGCUGGACAGUUUAACAUGCUUGGAGUCUAUAUGCAAAGAUCAUGGAUCAUUACUGGAGUCACAGCAUUGUGUUUAGCUCCUUUUUAUAUUUUCGCUUCGCCAUUACUACAGCUUCUUCGUCAAGACGUAGAAAUUUCGAAGCUUGCUGGAAAAUACUCAAUAUGGGUGAUUCCUCAAUUGUUUGCCUAUGCAGUAAAUUUCCCGGUACAGAAGUUUCUCCAAGCACAGAGCAGAGUUUGGGUUAUGACAAUGAUUUCCAUUGUAGCCCUUGCAUUUCAUGUGCUUUUGAAUUGGUUGCUUAUCACAAAGCUCGAGCAUGGCCUACUUGGAGCUGCCAUUGCAGGGAACGUUUCGUGGUUGAUCAUUGUCGUCGCUCAGGUAGUUUACGUGGUUUCAGGAUUUUUCCCGGAAUCCUGGAAUGGUUUUUCUUGGUCAGCUUUUAAGUCAUUAGCUGGCUUUGUAAAGUUAUCUCUUGCAUCAGCUAUAAUGUUAUGCUUGGAGUUAUGGUAUUUCACAGCUGUGAUUCUUAUGGUGGGCUGGUUGAAGAAUCCAGAAAUUGCAGUUGAUGCCAUUUCCAUUUGCAUGAACCUGCAGCUAUGGACAUUAAUGAUCGCUCUCGGUUUCAAUGCAUCAAUAAGCGUACGAGUUUCCAAUGAACUCGGAGCUGGAAAUCCAAAAGCAGCAAAAUUCUCCGUAAUUGUGACGGUUCUAACAUCCACAGUGAUUGGAGUAGUAUGCACAGCUGCAAUUCUGGCAACCCAAAAUGAGUUUCCAAAAGUGUUCACUAGCAAACCAGAGGUGAUGAAGGAAGCAUCAAAGCUCGGUUACUUCUUGGCAGCAACAAUCUUCCUCAACAGCAUCCAACCCGUGCUGCAUGGUGUAGCUGUUGGUGCAGGCUGGCAACUUUCAGUUGCGUUGAUUAAUAUUGCCUGCUACUACGUUUUAGGUCUUCCUAUCGGUGCAAUUCUAGGGUACAAGUUCAAGCUUGGAGUUAAGGGCAUAUGGACAGGAUUGUUGGUCGGUGUUGUGACGCAAAUAGUCAUUCUUAUGUACAUCAUGUUCCGAACGAAUUGGAAUAAAGAAGCUGUGCAAGCUGAACAGCGAGUUAGAAAUUGGGGCGGUGUCGCUCCCGAGCCUCAAGAAAAUGCGUCAGAGGAAAAUAUAAGUGAGUGAUUGAUAUAGUGUGAAACCAAAAUUGAUCAAUACCAUAUCAUCUGGUUGCUGAUUUACAGAGCAGAGUUGUCAAAGCUGCCUCCUAUAUUCUAAUAUUACUCUGUUCAGUUUCAUAUAUACUUCACUGUUCUGUUCUACUGAUCCUUAAUCCUAUAUUAUGACUAUCCAGUUUUGCAAUUACAUCAUAGAUUAAUUUUCAUGUAAUACAUACUUAUUCAAUAAACUUAAUCCUAAUGAUAAGAAAUACUUGCGAUUUUAACAA